GACAAUGACGUUCUAGUUGAAUUUGGCGGUUUAGCUUGCGUGGGGACGCAUGAGGAGGGGUCAGAGCAGAGCGGGCCAAGCGAGUCGUACGUGUGGAGUUGCUGUGCUCAGCGUGGUGGUGUAUCACAAACCGUAAACGGGAGAGAAAAGUUGUCUGAACGCAUUAGAAAACAUGUCGGGGGACGAUGACCAGCAAGAUCAAACCAUAGCAGAUGACUUGGUUGUUACCAAGUACAAAAUGGGCGCUGACAUUGCCAAUCUGGCUGUGCGGAUGAUGGUGGAGAUAGCCAAACCUGGAGUGUCAGUGCUCAGCUUGUGUGAAAAAGGAGAUGCUUUCGUCAUGGCAGAAACCAGCAAGGUUUUCAAGAAGGAGAAGGACAUCAAGAAAGGGACUGCUUUUCCCACCUGUGUAUCUGUCAACAACUGUGUGUGCCACUUCUCUCCUCUGAAGAGUGAUGUUGACUACAUGCUGAAAGAUGGAGACCUGGUCAAAGUUGACCUUGGUGUGCAUGUGGAUGGGUUCAUCUCAAACGUGGCUCACAGCUUUGUCGUUGGUGCGAACAAGGACAAUCCAGUGACUGGCCGAAAGGCAGACGUCAUCAAGGCUGCCCACCUGUGCGCUGAGGCCGCACUGCGUCUGGUGAAGCCUGGCAACCAGAACUCUCAGGUCACGGAGGCAUGGAACAAGAUAGCAGAGUCGUUCAAAUGCACAGCCAUCGAGGGUAUGCUGUCUCAUCAGUUGAAGCAGCAUGUUAUUGAUGGAGAUAAGACCAUCAUUCAGAACCCAACAGAACAGCAGAGGAAGGACCAUGAAAAAGCAGAGUUUGAGGUGCACGAGGUCUAUGCCGUUGACGUGCUCAUCAGCUCAGGGGAGGGCAAGGCUAAAGACUCCGGACAGAGAACUACUGUGUACAAACGGGACCCCAGUAAGCAGUACGGUCUAAAGAUGAAGACAUCCAGAAUGUUCUUCAGCGAGGUGGAGCGCCGUUUCGAUGCCAUGCCCUUCACUCUGAGGGCGUUUGAAGACGAGGGGAAGGCACGUUUGGGUGUGGUGGAGUGCGCCAAGCACGAGCUGCUGCAACCUUUCAAUGUCCUGCACGAGAAAGAGGGAGAGUUUGUGGCUCAGUUCAAGUUCACCGUGAUGCUGAUGGCCAACGGGCCCCUGCGGAUCACGGGGGGUCCCCUGGAGCCUGAGCUGUACCAAUCUGAGCACGACGUGCAGGACCCCGAACUCAAGGCUUUGCUGCAAAGUUCUGCAAGUCGCAAGGCACAGAAAAAGAAGAAAAAGAAGGCAUCAAAGACCGUGGAGACUGCCACUGGACAGCCCAUGGAGGAGACCGAGGCGGCUGAAUAGACCUUUCCUCAACCCUCCAGUCCACCCCCUUCCAUCAUUACUGCUGGACGACGGACAGACCACCCAAAGAACCGAAAUGAUCAGAAUGAUCCACAACACCUGCCACCCCCCCCUCACCCCUUUACCCCACUGAGAAGCCUUCAGAACCUAGCCACUUAAACAAGCCUGAAUACCUCCACAGUUUAUAAGACCGGACUUUGUAGAGUUGUCCAGUACCGUCGUGGUAAAGUUGCCCAAGCACUCUGCCCGGUUGUUAGCCCUGGUCAGGUGGUGGCCUCUCAUGUAGAUGCUCAAUCACCAAAUGGCAGGGAGAUAAGUCAGGGUAGGACUUAAGAUACUGAACAACGUGUUUACAAGAGGUGGUUAGUCACGGUUGCCUGCCAAUUGUAUGCUUCUUGAUUCUGUAACCUGUAAUCAGUGGAGCUUUAAAAAGAAAAGAACCAUCACAUUGCCAGUGUUUAAUGUUUAUGUUGAGCAACAUUCUCCCCAUUCUUGUAUCCAUUGGGAAAUGGAAGUUUCACUUUUUGGCAUUGUACUGUACAUCUAUGCUGGCCUCAAGUGCUUAUUUGAGGCCUUCAGUGACCAAAUAUGUUUUUGUCGGGAAUUACUUAUUUUAAACUGGCACUGAACGUGUCCUAUUCAGAUUUGUCGGACAGUUGGGUUCUAGAUGCUUCAGCACACUAGCUUUGAUAUUUUGCAGUACUUCCUGGUUUGGGAGCUAUUUUUUUACAAUUGAGGCUGAUAUGGCCUUAGUCGACCUUAUUCCAGUGAACCAACUGACCAGAGCCUUAGCUGUAUACAGCUCUGGUGCAUUAACCGUUUCACCAAGGAAAGUGUCUAUCUGCCAGUAGUUUAGAGGACCACUCUUUGACAACGUGCCCCUCUGGUGGUUUGGUACUUAUGACAAAUACUGCCUGCACACAGCAGUUGUCCAAAGGCUUUUUGUUGGAACUCUUAAUGUUUUUCUUGUGGGAGAGUUGUUGAACAUGAACUUUCAGGGUUCUAACUAGGAAUUAUAAAGUUAAGGGCCCCAUGGUAUUUUUUAAAUAAGUCCUGUAUGUUGUCAUGUGUCCCAAGGACUCAUUAAUGCUGCCAAACCAUUUGUUUGUACGACUGUGUAGAUUGAUGCCCACAUUAAAUCGGGCAAAUUACCAUUGUUGACUGUUAAGUGACAGGCAGGUUUUACUCUGUAUAGAUGUAGGCCCACCCUUAAAUGGGUAAAUGUCAAGACAAAAUUCCAUUUGAAAUUUGACUGAGUGUCUACAUGUUGCUUGUCCCUCCUUAUUUCUUUAGGGAGUGAUAGCCUGCAGGCCCAAUAUUUGGGGACUUGCUGUUAGACAAUGUGGCGGGAUAAUGUUUGGUAAUCUGAAGAAUGGGAAUAACCUAUUUCAAAACGGUGGCAAAGGUAAUGAACCGCAUACAUCUGAGAGGUUUAUGUGGGAGUUGAACUAUUCUGUGAUUUAAUUUCAGCAAACAUUGGUUGGAAUAAACUUUAUAGGGCAAUGUA